GAAGAAUUGGCAAAGCAUAUUCAACAAGUUCGAACAAAGAUUGAAGCAAUUACACCUUGGCCAUGCUUGUAUUGGUAUUCCUUCCUUCCUCAUGCGGGAAGUAUACGUAAUGUGAGCUUUUCUUCCACUUAUCAACGUAUUCUCGCUCAUCUUCGAGCCAAUCCUCAAGCAAAGAUAUUGGAUAUGGCAUGCAUGAUCGGACAUGACACUCGGAUCUUAUUACAAGAUGGUGUUCAGCCAUCCCAAAUUGUCUGUUCGGAUUUGUUUCCAAAGCUUUUUUCGCUUGGCAAUGAGAUGUUUGCAGAUUCGAUCAACGAUGAUCAUCUGUGCGGUACGCAAUGGAAAGUGACUGACAUCUUUGAUCAACAAAUGGUCGAUAACUUACGUAUUCCUGGAGGAUUUUAUGCAAUCUAUGCGGCCAAAUUCAUUCAUUUGUUUACACAAGCACAACAAGUGCAAGUAGUUGCCAUUUUGAAAAGCCUCUUGAGCGAAGAAGCAGGAGCGACUUUGUUCGGAACCGAUUGUGGACGUAAA